ACUGGUACCGCAAACAUGUUGCUAACGAAACAGUUGAUCUGCAGAAAUGCAUUCACGGCAGGAAAUCUCUACGGUCCGCUAGCGGUCUGUCACUCGAGCACCACCGCCGCCAGCGCCAACUUCCGCCAGAUCAUCCAGAACCAGUUGGACGACAUCGAGAAGGCCGGCACAUACAAGCGGGAACGCAUCAUCGUCUCCCCCCAGGCGACGUCCAUCAGCGUGGAAGGUUCGCAGGGCAAGAUCCUCAACUUUUGCGCCAACAACUACCUUGGAUUGGCUUCAAACGAACAGGUGGUGAACUGCGCCAAGAAGAGCCUGGACGAAUACGGUGCCGGCCUGAGUUCGGUUCGGUUCAUCUGCGGUACCCAGGCUAUCCACAAGCAGCUGGAGAAGAAGCUAUCGGAGUUUCACCAGCGAGAGGAUACCAUUCUGUACGCAUCGUGUUUCGACGCCAAUGCGGGGAUUUUCGAGGCGGUGCUGACUCCGGAUGAUGCCGUAUUUUCCGACGAACUGAACCAUGCUUCGAUCAUUGACGGAAUUCGGCUGUGCAAAGCGAAGAAGGCACGGUAUCUGCACCGGAACAUGGCGGACUUGGAGGAGAAGUUGAAAUCGAGCGAUGCGCGCAUUAAGAUGAUCGUCACGGACGGAGUGUUUUCGAUGGACGGAAAUGUGGCUCCGUUGCCGGAGAUUUUCGAACUUGCGGACAAGUACAACGCGUUGACCUUUGUAGAUGACUGUCACGCGACUGGGUUCUUCGGGGCAACCGGUCGGGGAACGGAGGAAUUCUAUGGAAUGCUCGGACGAUGCGAUAUCAUCAAUUCCACGUUGGGUAAGGCGCUCGGUGGAGCAGCUGGAGGUUAUACCACGGGUCCGAAGGAGCUGGUGGAUCUGCUGAGACAAAAGUCCCGUCCGUAUCUGUUCUCGAACUCGCUGCCGCCUCCAGUGGUGGCCAGUGCCAUGAAGGUGAUUGAAAUGCUGAUGGAAUCCGCCAAGCUGACGGCACGCGUGCAGAGCAAUACCAAGCGAUUCCGCGAUGCCAUGACCAAAGCCGGCUUCACGAUCUCCGGAAUGGAUCAUCCCAUCAGUCCGGUGAUGCUGGGCGAUGCUCGAUUAGCUUCGGCGUUUGCGGAUGAAAUGCUCAAGCGAGGCAUCUACGUAAUCGGAUUUAGCUACCCGGUUGUGCCGAAGGGUAAAGCUCGCAUUCGGGUCCAACUUUCGGCGGCCCACACUGAUGAAGAAAUCGACCGAGCCGUGGCCGCUUUCGUCGAAGUAGGAAAACAGCUUGGUGUGGUUUCCUGAAUAACCCUACAACAAUUUUGACAGCCAAAUAAACUAAAGGAUUUCUUUCCUAAAUCUGACCACUUC